UAGCAAAGCUGAGUGUGAACAAACUGAGGGGCAAGAGAGAAUACCGCGCAGUUUGCACUUGCAACGGAGCGAUGACUGGUCAAAGCAAGCGGUAUUUCCUUUAGUGUCUGCUGCCGAGGACACAGACGGUCGAGCCCACUGAAUCCAUCCCAUCUGGGUAGUGCUUCCGAGUUGGACUGAUAUAUAGUAGCCUAUUGCGUUGCAUCUUUAUCCAUUUCCUCUUGACACUGACGUCCAUCCGCCGUGAACGGAAAAAAAAGUUGAUUAUAUAUAUAUUUUUUCACUGUUGAGGAAAGCGUUUUGCCUCUGGCUUUACCGGUAAGCAUUGGAUCCGUCAGCGUACUGCGACUCUCCGGUGUACAGCCCGGACCUCUGUCCAAACAUGAUUGCGACGCAGGCAAAGCUGGUUUACCAGCUAAACAAAUACUACAACGAGAGAUGCCAAACUCGCAAAGCGGCCAUUGCAAAGACGAUCAGGGAGGUGUGCAAGGUGGUGUCGGACGUCCUAAAAGAGGUCGAAGUGCAAGAGCCCCGUUUUAUUAGCUCCCUGAGCGAGAUAGAGGCACGCUAUGAGGGGAUGGAAGUCAUCGCCCCCAACGAGUUCGAGGUGGUGCUUUACCUGAACCAGAUGGGAGUGUUCAACUUUGUGGACGACGGCUCCCUGCCCGGCUGUGCGGUGCUGAAACUGAGUGACGGCCGCAAAAGGAGCAUGUCACUGUGGGUCGAGUUUAUCACCGCCUCGGGCUACCUCUCCGCCAGAAAGAUUCGCUCACGUUUUCAGACUCUGGUGGCUCAAGCGGUGGACAAAUGCAGCUAUCGAGACGUAGUUAAAAUGGUAGCGGACACCAGUGAGGUAAAACUACGGAUCAGGGAGAGGUAUGUGGUCCAAAUUACUCCCGCGUUCAAAUGCACAGGCAUCUGGCCUAGAAGCGCUGCCCAGUGGCCCAUGCCUCACAUCCCCUGGCCUGGCCCUAACCGGGUGGCAGAGGUCAAAGCCGAGGGCUUCAACCUCCUCUCCAAAGAGUGCUACUCGUUAACCGGGAAACAAAGCUCUGCUGAAAGCGACGCCUGGGUCUUGCAGUUCAGCGAGGCCGAGAACAGGCUUCUGAUGGCGGGCUGCAGGAAGAAAUGUCUCUCCGUCCUGAAAACACUGCGCGACCGUCAUCUUGAGCUGCCAGGGCAACCCCUCAAUAACUACCACAUGAAGACCCUGCUCUUGUACGAGUGUGAGAAACAUCCGAGAGAGACCGACUGGGACGAGUCCUGUCUCGGGGACCGACUCAACGGUAUUCUCCUCCAGCUCAUCUCGUGUUUGCAGUGCCGCAGAUGUCCCCAUUACUUCUUACCAAAUUUGGACCUGUUUCAGGGAAAGCCUCACUCGGCUCUGGAAGCAGCCGCUAAGCAGACGUGGAGACUAGCAAGGGAAAUCCUCACCAACGCUAAAAGUUUGGACAAACUAUAAACUGACUGUCAUAGCCUAAUGCUACGACAGUACGGAAGGACGUUUGAUAUAACAAUUUCGAGCGGAGGAAAAUCCUGUUUUUCCAAUCAAUGUAAAGCAAUUGACAAAACAAUACGAAAACAAAAAUGCAGGCGAUUUAUAUGGAGAGAAAAAUGGGACAUUGCCAGAGUAAAAAAGAAAAGUGAAGGUACCUUUUAAGAUAAAUGUAGGCUAAUAACUUUUGGUUGUCUUGUUUUAAAUGUUUUCACAAAGUGAAUACAAUUUUAUUUAAAAUAUAUGCACAAAAUCUUUAAGUGAAAGAAUAAAAAUGUAGCGUGCCAAGUUCAAAUUUUUCAUUGUGACCUUAAAAUGAAAUGUUAAUAAAAACAAAGCAAAUUACAUU